UUCGCUGAAACUCCCUUGAAUCGGGCCGCAAGUCUCCGGUUACGGCUCGCCUUGGAGUAUAAUGAAUGCUCCGCCACAUGCUCCCAAAUCCCCUUAGAGUUAAGCACUCCACUAGCAUAGUGGGCCGCAGGGGAGGAAGCAGAUGGCCCUGCCGAAUCCAGCGUUCGAAUAGUGCAAAAGGACCCUACAUCCCAUGCAAGUCUUAACGAUAUAAGUACCCAUAGGGUGCCCAUGAUAGGAUAUGGGUACGCUACAAGUACAGCACAGCAGGAUACGAAAGCAGGAGCAACCCGGAUACGAAUUCGAGUAUUAUAUAUUAUAGCCUCCCACCCCCAAGUCAGCGGAAAGAGAGAGAGAGAAAGAGAGAGAAAGUCAAUCAUCCUAGCACAGCUUUACCACCAGCACUUUCACAGAACCGAAGGGAAAAGAAAGAAAAAAAACCUCUUCCGAACCAAAUUUCCCAUCAACAAUUUCCACAAUGCCCGAAAAACUGAUUGAAGGUCACAACAUGACCUACUGGAACAGUCUCGACUGUGAUCUCGAUAUCUGUCCUCUGGAUGCUUCGUUCUGGGAUUACCGGCCCUCACUUGCCCUCAACAGUCUGCUGAUUGCACUUUUUGGCCUGUCUCUGCUCGCACACACCGCCCAAGGGAUCAAGUACAAGACAUGGGGUUUUUUGGUUUCAAUGAUAUUCGGUUGCGUUGGUAAGUCCCCUUUUUUUAUGCCCUCUCCCGGCCCCUCCCUCCCUCCCUCGUGCCAAGGGUUGAGGCUAACAGUGCGAAUAGCUGAAAUCGUCGGAUAUGGUGGGCGGAUAUGGGCUUACAAUGAUCCUUUUGGAAUGAACCCCGUAAGUUCACGAGCAACAUACUCAAAGCUUGAGCACAGCUAAUAGUCCUAGUUCCUUAUGCAAAUCUGCAGCUUGACCAUUGCCCCGGCCUUCCUAUGCGCAGGAAUCUACCUCUGUCUCUCUAGAAUGUUAGUCCGCCCGAGCCCUCCGAACUCUAAUGAAUGGCCAAGCUAACCCAUAACAAUAGUGUGAUGGUCUUCGGCGCCGAAACCUCCCGCAUCCCCCCAAAGGCUUACACAUACAUCUUUGUAACCUGCGACUUCAUCUCCCUCUGCCUACAGGGAGCGGGUGGUGGUAUAGCCUCCACCCUCUCACAGGACGAGAAGGACCCGGCACCGGGAAACAACAUCAUGCUGGCGGGUCUAGGUUUCCAGGUCUUCACGUUGGUCCUCUUCAUGUUGCUCUGCGCAGAGUACGCCUACCGCGUCAAGACGAGCAACCAAGAGUUUGACGUCACACACGCGAAGCUCCGCUCCUCCAAAAAGUUCCGCGCGUUCCUGAUUGCGCUCUCUCUGUCGACCGUUCUCAUCUUCAUCAGGAGUAUCUACAGGGUUAUUGAGAUGGCACAGGGGUGGGAUGGUGCCCUCACCAAGAACGAGACCUUGUUCUUCGUGCUCGAGGGGGUUAUGGUUGUCAUCGCAGUGCUCGUGUUGAAUGUUUUCCAUCCCGGGUGGUGCUUUAGGGAGGCGUAUGUGGAUAGAUUGGGAACCGAGAAGAACCUGGAAUCUGCGAGUGAGAGAGGGACAUGAUGGGGUUGAAGCAACCCUUGUCUUUUUUUUUUCUCCCUCUCUCGUAUCUCCGGCUGGUUAAGCACCCCCGACAGGCUUCUCAGUUUAUGUUUUUGGCUUUUUUUUAUUUUUAAUUCUUGUUUUAAAGGUUGACACUGACAUAUGGACUACUACUAUAAAUUUUCUCCUUUUCUCUUUUGUAUCAUGUCCUUUUGGAUUCGCUCCCGCAAAAAAUUAAGAACGGGGGGUUAGGUUAUGAAUUGUGGGUUUCUGUUUUGGAUAUGGUCCCUUCAUAUAAUACGAUAGUAUAGAUGAAUUCACCGGAAUUUUUCAAG